AUGAACAAAUUCGACGGCCCUAAAUGUCCGGACUACAAACAAGUCUCUGGAAAGAUUCUAGAGUUUCUCACGAAGAUAUGUAAUGGAACCCCUCUCGCACAGGCGGACGCCAGGAUUCACAAUGUGCACUAUUCGCUGGAACGCCUCAAAAUUGAACGACUGUCGGGCGACCUGCUGCCGAUGGACAGAUGCUACAUCAAUCUGGCCAUUGUCGAGUGGCUUGGCGAUAAUGCAACUCGCGGAGGAAAAGGAGACACAGCACAACAGUCUUCCCCGUUUUCGCUCCUCGCCCGACUGAAGGUGGAGACACCAGACAAGACGAUCGAGGUCACGCUGCCGACGCUCUUUGAGCCUCGCAAGUCACAGGACGGCCAGAAGAAACAGCCAAGUCGCAUCCUGAUCCGUGGACGGGCAGGAGUGGGUAAGACUACUCUAUGCAAGAAGAUUGUCCAUGAUUUUAAAUACAACAACCUAUGGCAGGGCUUGUUCAAUCGCGUGCUUUGGGUACCACUGCGAAACCUGAAGGUGGAAAAGAGACAGAGUGCCGGAUACAACUUCCGGGAUUUGUUUUACCAUGAGUAUUUCUCUCAAGAUCUUGAAGGCCGCGAGCUCUCCGAAGCAUUGUGGCGCGCCUUGAAGGACCCCAAGAGCGGCAGGACUUUGUUCAUCCUCGACGGGUUCGACGAAGUGUCCCAGGGCCUAGGCGGCGACAUGUCCGUCUUCCUCGAAGAGCUCUUGAAUCAGCCAAAUGUCAUCAUCACUGCCCGGCCCAACGCACGGCUUCCUCCUCGGCUAGAUCCUCUUGACCUCGAGUUGGAAACCAUUGGAUUCUACCCGGACCAAAUCACGGCCUACAUUGAAAACACCUUUACCGAUCGAGAAACGAUCAAAGAGGUUCAAUCGUUUCUGCAACGCCAUCCGCUCAUGCAAGGUCUAAUGCGUAUCCCGAUCCAACUAGAUGCGUUUUGCUACACCUGGACUGGUUUUCCUCGGGAAGGUGUGCCGGAGACCAUGACAGCUGUCUACAAAGCUAUCGAGGAAAGUCUGUGGAAAAAAGAUAUCUUGAAGCUACAGAAAAAGAAGGAUGACCAGAUUAAGAAGGCUAGCCGGAAAAAGAUUGAAAGCUUCGUGGAGCAGGAGCUCAGAUUCCUCGAGUGCCUUGCCUUUUUGGGGUUCUAUGACGACGUGAUCGACCUCGAUUGGGAACUUCGAAACGCUAUUUCUGAUAGAUUUGAAUCAGAUCUCCUACUCGACAAAGAUCUGCCUUGUCUCUCAUUCCUACGAACCUCGGACCCUUCAUCAAACGACCAAGAUCGAAAUUACCACUUCUUACACCUCACGUUUCAAGAGUAUUUUGCAGCACGGUAUUUCAUUCGACAGUGGAAAGAUAAACAACAGCUCAAUUGUCUGCAACUCAGCCGUGACAAUUGUAACAAUAUGGAACCUACCACUUUCCUUGAGAAGUAUAAAUACAAUCCUCGCUACGAUAUCUUCUGGCGCUUUGUCGCAGGAUUACUCGAUGCCGAUGACAUGGCCCUCGACUUCUUCCAGAUGAUUGAGAAGGAACCACGCGAUCUCCUAGGACCUACGCACCAACGCCUUAUCAUGCAUUGCCUGAGCGAAGUUGAGCGGAAGGAGUCGAAUUUCACGGGACUUCGAGCGAGGCUAGAAAACCAACUAGAACAGUGGCUACUGUUUGAAUCCGAUUCUACGGGGAAUUCCGAACUAGUCUAUGAAAUGGAGUGUUCGGGACAGGUCCUGUCCAAUGUAUUAACGCAAGCAUCUGAAAGCGAAAGAACGGUUCUUCUCGAAUCACUAUCUAGACGAACAGCAGUGCCGUUUAAUGUUAUAGAAGUCGUAUCUCCAUGGCUGACCAACCGCACCUCUGCACGCCAAUGUGCUGCUAUCUUACGUAUAUUAGGAAACGAGCAUAAUAACUUACCGGACAAGGUGCUCCAAAGCAUCGCAGCACGGCUCGAGGAUGAGGAUGGGGACGUCCAGAGGGCAGCAAUCGAGGCGCUUGGAGGCCGCGCCGACCUCCCCGACCAGGUGCUCCAGAGCAUCGUAGUACGGCUCGAGGAUAAGGACGCGGACAUCCGGUGGGAAGCAAUCGAGGGGCUUCGAGGCCGCGCCGACCUCCCCGACCAGGUGCUCCAAAGCAUUGUAGCACGGCUCGAGGAUAAGGAUGGGGGCGUCCAGCGGGCAGCAAUCGUGGGGCUUCGAGGCCGCGCCGACCUCCCCGACCAGGUGCUCCAAAGCAUUAUAGCACGGCUCGAGCAUGAGGAUGGGGAAGUCCGGAGGGCGGCAAUCGAGGGGCUUCGAGGCCGCGCCGACCUCCCCGACCAGGUAUUCCAAAGCAUCGCAGCACGGCUCGAGGAUGAGGACAGGGGCGUCCGGAGGGCAGCAAUCGAGGCGCUUCGAGGCCGAGCCGACCUUCCCAACAAGGUGCUCCAAAGCAUCGCAGCACGGCUCGAGGAUAAGGACAGGGGCGUCCGGAGGGCAGCAAUCAAGGCGCUUCGAGGCCGAGCCGACCUUCCCAACAAGGUGCUCCAAAGCAUCGCAGCACGGCUCGAGGAUAAGGACAGGGGCGUCCGGAGGGCAGCAAUCGAGGGGCUUCGAGGCCGAGCCGACCUUCCCAACAAGGUACUCCAAAGCAUCGUAGCACGGCUCGAGGAUAAGGACCGGCGUGUCCGGGAGGCAGUAAUCGAGGCGCUUAGAGGCCGCGCCGACCUCACCGACCAGGUACUCAAAAGCAUCGCAGCACGGCUCGAGGAUGAGAACUGGAGCAUCCGGUGGGCAGCAGUCGAGGCGCUUCGAGGCCGAGCCGACCUUCCCAACAAGGUGCUCCAAAGCAUCGCAGCACGGCUCGAGGAUAAGGACAGGGGCGUCCGGAGGGCAGCAAUCAAGGCGCUUCGAGGCCGAGCCGACCUUCCCAACAAGGUGCUCCAAAGCAUCGCAGCACGGCUCGAGCAUGAGAACGGGGACGUCCAGCAGGCAGCAAUCGAGGCGCUUCUAUAUCAAUCAGCAUUAUCGUUAGAUGUCCUCAUCCCACAUAUCCGAUCCUUUUACGACGCUUUACUCCAGAAGAGCUUCAGGGAGCAUUUAUACUGGUACGCUUCGGAAAGAAGUUUUAUAGGGACGAACCUCGGAUAUAUCUCUUUAACUAGCGAGCAACAUAACGUCAAGGAGGUAGUGAGGAAGCUACUGUUAGAGAAGGGUGCUGCUAACGUAAAUGAUGGACGCAGACGGUUGCCGUCCACACUUAGCUGCUGA